CCGGCGGAGGCGGCCCCGGAGGGGCGGGGGCGACGCCGGAGGAGGCGGAGGCCGGCGGUCGGCUCCGCUGCGGCUCGGUUGCCAUGUCCCGCCAGGCCAAGGACGACUUCCUGCGGCACUACACAGUCUCCGAUCCCCGCACGCACCCCAAGGGCUACACCGAGUACAAAGUGACCGCGCAGUUCAUCUCAAAGAGGGACCCGGAGGAUGUCAAAGAGGUGGUGGUCUGGAAGCGCUACAGCGACUUCCGCAAGCUGCAUGGAGACCUGGCCUACACUCACCGCAACCUCUUCCGCCGCCUGGAGGAGUUUCCCGCCUUCCCCCGCGCCCAGGUGUUUGGCCGCUUCGAAGCUUCGGUGAUCGAGGAGCGGCGGAAGGGGGCUGAGGACUUGCUUCGCUUCACUGUGCACAUUCCUGCGCUCAACAACAGCCCCCAACUCAAGGAGUUCUUCCGGGGAGGGGAGGUGACACAGCCCUCCGAGGUGUCCAGGGACCUGCACAUCCUGCCACCCCCUCUGAUCCCCACACCCCCGCCUGAUGAGCCCUGGUUGCCCCAGCCACUCCCUGCGGAGAGGAGGGGCCUGGAGGAGUUGGAGGUGCCAGGGGACCCCCCACCAUCCAGCCCUGCCCAGGAGGCCUUGGAUCUCCUCUUUGACUGUGGGAGCACCGAGGAGGCAUCCAGUUCCCCUGCCCGAGGCCCCCUCACGGAGGCUGAGCUUGCCCUCUUCGACCCCUUCUCUAAGGAAGAAGGUGCAGGCCCCAGUCCUGCCCACAUAAGUGAGCUGGCAGCGAUGGAGGCAGAGACCGAAAGGCUGGACCAGGAACCGUGGGAGCCAGGAGGGCAGGAAGAGGAAGAGGACGAGGAAGGAGGGCCCGCCCCUGCCUAUCUGAGCCAAGCCACAGAGCUCAUCACUCAGGCCCUGCGAGACGAGAAGGCAGGCGCCUACCCUGCGGCUCUGCAGGGCUACCGGGAUGGCGUGCACAUCCUGCUCCAGGGAGUUCCCAGUGACCCAUCGCCUGCCCGCCGGGAGGGUGUGAAGAAGAAGGCAGCCGAGUACCUGAAGCGGGCAGAGGAAAUCCUGCACUUGCACCUGUCCCCAGUCCCGCCCUGAGAGGGAGCACACCCUUCCCCAGGACUCCAGCUCCAGCACUGCCAGCACCCCCUUCGCCUUCCCCUGGUGCCUGGCCCUACCUCCUGGUCUCGUAACUCCAGGGGCCAUUUCUGUAUGUAACUGGACCAAGAAUGAGAAAAAUAACGAAUUCUCAGCUCACUGACCACACCUGCCACCUUGGCAUCAGGGACUCACACUUCUGAUCCUGCCUGUCUCUAUCUUGAUGUGUGAGCAGCAGCUCUGGUCACUAAACUCUGUUUACCCAUCUAGAACCGGGGUCUGCAAAGUACGGCCUGUAGCCAAAUCUGGCCCACUGCCUUUUUUUGUAAGGCCCAUGAGCUAGAAUGGUUUUUACAUUUUUUAAUAGUUGAAAAGAAUCAAAAGAAUAAUAUUCCGUGACAGGUGGAAAUUACAUGAAAGUUAAGUAUCUAGAAAUAAAAUUUUAUUGGAACACAA